GCGCAUUCCCGGUUUAUCAUUGCUAUCCUUCUUCUUCUGUUUGAUGUUACUUCUCUUUUAGUCUCAUCUUACUAUGCUCAAUCACAACAACAAUCCCUUGUCUUUUUUCCAUCAUCUUUCUUUCACUAUCUAAUGCUCCAUCAGAUGAAAUAAGUUAUAUGAAUUGAUCUACUGGAGUCUCAAGAUGUCUUAUAGAAGGGGCUCUGAUCAUCAACCGCAUAGGCGGCUAUUGCGGACUCAGACGGCUGGAAAUUUAGGACUAGACCCAAUAGUGGACAGUGAAGUGGUGCCUUCAUCGUUGGUUGAAAUAGCUCCCAUCCUCCGUGUGGCCAAUGAAAUAGAGCACAGCAACCCAAGAGUUGCAUACCUAUGUCGGUUUUAUGCUUUUGAAAAAGCUCACAGAUUAGAUCCCUCUUCCAAUGGGCGUGGUGUUCGCCAAUUCAAAACUGCUCUUCUUCAGCGUCUAGAAAAGGAAAAUGAAACAACAUUGGUUGGAAGGGCAAAGAGUGAUGCUCGUGAAAUACAAAGUUUUUAUCGGCAUUAUUAUCAAAAAUAUAUACAAGCUCUGCAAAAUGCUGCUGAUAAGGACCGUGCCCAGCUCACAAAAGCGUAUCAGACUGCUUCUGUUUUAUUUGAGGUUUUGAAAGCAGUUAAUCAAACACAAGGUGUUGAAGUUGCUAAUGAGAUAUUGGAAGCUCACACUGUGGUUGAGGAGCAGAAGCAGAUAUAUGCCCCUUAUAAUAUUCUGCCUCUUGAUCCAGAGAGUGGGAAAGAGGCUAUAAUGAAAUAUCCUGAGAUUCAAGUUGCUGCUGCUGCCCUUCGUAAUAUCAGAGGUCUGACUUGGCCAAAUGGUUACCCCAAGAAAGUAAAUUUAGACAUUCUGGAUUGGCUUCAGGUCAUGUUUGGUUUCCAGAAGGACAAUGUGGAAAAUCAAAGGGAGCACUUGAUUCUUUUGCUUGCAAAUAUACAUAUACGACAAAAUCCAAAGCUUGAUCAACCUACCAAGUUGGAUGAUCGUGCUCUAACAGAAGUGAUGAAGAAGCUCUUUAAAAACUACAAAAGGUGGUGUAAGUAUUUGGGUCGCAAAAGUAGCCUUUGGUUGCCAACUAUUCAACAGGAAGUUCAACAACGCAAAUUAUUGUACAUGGGUCUAUAUCUUCUUAUAUGGGGUGAAGCUGCAAAUUUAAGAUUCAUGCCAGAAUGUCUUUGUUAUAUCUAUCAUCAUAUGGCAUUUGAGUUGUAUGGGGUGUUGGCUGGAAAUGUUAGUCCACUGACGGGUGAACCUGUAAAGCCAGCUUGCGGAGGUGGUGAUGAGGCUUUUUUGACUAGAGUAGUAAAACCAAUUUAUGAUACUAUAGCCAAGGAAGCCAAGAGGAGUAAGAAUGGAAGAGCAAAGCAUUCUCAGUGGAGAAACUAUGAUGAUUUAAAUGAAUAUUUUUGGUCUGUUGAUUGUUUCCACCUUGGCUGGCCUAUGCGUAACACGUGUGAGUUUUUCUCAGUGUCUCGUGAACAUCUACAUGAUAAAUAUGAGGAAAAGGGAGGUCCAUGGAUGGGAAAAGUUAAUUUUGUUGAGAUACGCACGUUUUGGCAUGUAUUUAGAAGUUUUGAUAGAAUGUGGAGCUUCUAUAUAAUAUGUUUACAGGCAAUGAUCAUCAUAGCUUGGAACGGCUCGGGCCAUUUAAGCUCCAUAUUUGAUGGUGAUGUUUUCAAGAAAGUUUUGAGUAUCUUUAUAACUGCUGCAAUAUUGAAGCUUGCACAAGCCAUCCUGGAUAUAAUCCUCAGCUGGAAAGCAAGGAGGUACAUGUCAAUUCAUGUCAAGCUGCGAUACAUAUUCAAAGCCCUUUCAGCUGCAGCAUGGGUCAUAAUUUUACCUGUCACUUAUGCAUAUAGCUGGAAAAAUCCAUCUGGUUUUGCACAAACCAUCAGGAAUUGGUUUGGCAAUAGUGCGAGUUCUCCUUCUAUGUUCAUUUUGGCUAUCUUCAUCUACCUAGCCCCAAAUAUAUUGUCUGCACUGUUAUUUCUGUUCCCCUUCAUACGGCGGAUUCUUGAAAGGUCUAACAAUAACGUUGUGAAGCUUAUGAUGUGGUGGUCCCAGCCUCGACUCUUUGUUGGAAGAGGAAUGCAUGAGAGCUCAAUUUCACUUUUAAAGUACACUAUAUUCUGGGUUCUCUUGAUUCUAUCAAAAUUAGCAUUCAGUUACUAUGUGGAGAUUAAGCCUCUGGUAGGCCCUACAAAAGCCAUCAUGCGUGUUCAUGUAUCAACUUACAAGUGGCAUGAGUUCUUCCCUCAAGCGAGAAACAAUAUUGGUGUUGUGGUUGUUAUAUGGGCUCCUAUCAUUCUUGUCUACUUUAUGGAUACUCAGAUUUGGUAUGCUAUAUACUCCACACUUGUAGGGGGUAUAUAUGGUGCAUUUCGUCGUUUGGGAGAGAUUCGCACUCUGGAAUUACUGAGGUCUCGAUUUGGUUCACUUCCGGAAGCUUUUAAUGCUCGCUUGAUUCCAUCGGAUAAGGCUGAGACAACAAAGAAGAAGGGACUGAAAGCCUUUUUUGCACGGAAAUUUGAUAAGGUCCCUAAUAACAAAGAGAAGGAGGCUGCAAGGUUUGCACAGCUAUGGAACAAAAUAAUUACCGGUUUAAGGCAGGAGGACCUAAUUGAUAACAGGGAAAUGGAUCUCUUGCUUGUACCAUAUGGGGCUGACCCUUAUUUGAACCUCAUCCAAUGGCCUCCUUUCUUACUUGCUAGCAAGAUUCCCAUAGCUGUGUCCAUGGCCAAAGACAGUAUUGGAAAAGGCCUUGAGCUGGAAAAGAGAUUGUCUAGGGACAACUAUAUGCGUUCUGCUGUUCUUGAAUGCUAUGCUUCAUUUAGAAAUAUUAUUAACUUCUUGGUUUCAGGGGAUCAUGAGAAAAAGUAUAUCAAUGGUCUUUUUGAAAAAGUUGACAUUCUCAUAGGAAACCGACAAAUGCUGACUGAACUGAAUAUGAGUUCCCUCCCUAGUUUAUACGAUCAAUUUGUUAGACUAAUUGAAUAUCUGAUGAAAAAUGAUAAAGAUGACAAGGACCAAAUUGUAAUUCUCUUGCUCGACAUGCUAGAGGUUGUGACCAGAGACAUAAUGGAGGGAGAAGAGGUUGAGAACUUGCAAGAGUCAAGCCAUGGUGGAUCUCAUGGAAAAGAUGAGAAGUUAACUCCCCUUGAUCAACAACAUCAGUUUUUUGGUUCGCUUAACUUUCCUGUCACAACGGAUACUGAAGCUUGGAAAGAGAAAAUCAAAAGACUUCAUUUAUUGCUUACAGUCAAGGAGUCUGCUAUGGAUGUACCUUCCAACUUGGAUGCUAGGAGGCGCAUAUCUUUCUUCUCCAAUUCAUUGUUUAUGGAUAUGCCAGAUGCUCCCAAAGUUCGACAUAUGCUUUCUUUUUCAGUCCUGACACCAUACUAUGAAGAACCUGUUCUUUUCUCUGUAGACCAUCUUGAAGAGGAGAACGAAGAUGGAGUUUCUAUCCUUUUUUACUUACAAAAGAUAUUUCCAGAUGAGUGGAAAAAUUUUCUUGAACGUGUCAAUUAUCCUAGCGAAGAAGGACUCAGAGGAGAUGAAAAAUUGGAAGAAGAACUCCGUUUAUGGGCAUCAUACAGAGGCCAGACAUUGACCAAAACUGUAAGAGGAAUGAUGUAUUACCGACAAGCCUUGGAGCUGCAAGCUUUUCUUGAUAUGGCAAAGGAUGAAGAACUAAAUAAAGGUUACAAGGCUGCUGAACUGGAAAGUAUGAAAAACCCAAAGAGUGAGCGGUCAUUGUGGACACAAUGUCAAGCAGUAGCUGAUUUGAAGUUCACAUAUGUUGUUUCAUGUCAGAAUUAUGGCAUUCACAAGCGAUCUGGUGAUCCUAGGGCCAAAGACAUUCUGAAGCUCAUGACCAAAUACCCUGCUCUUCGAGUAGCUUAUGUUGAUGAGGUUGAAGAGACUAGCAAAGAAAAAUCCAGAAAAGCAACUGAAAAGGUUUAUUAUUCUGCUCUUGCAAAGGCUGCCUUACCAGCAAAAUCAAUUGAUUCAAAUGAAACUGCUCCAAAUUUAGACCAGGUAAUUUACAGGAUAAAACUUCCGGGACCUCCUAUAUUGGGGGAGGGUAAGCCAGAAAAUCAAAACCAUGCCAUCAUUUUUACUCGUGGUGAAGGCUUGCAAACAAUAGAUAUGAAUCAGGAUAAUUAUAUGGAAGAAGCUUUCAAAAUGAGGAAUUUGCUGCAAGAAUUUCUCAAAAAACAUGAUGGUGUAAGGUAUCCAUCAAUACUUGGAGUUAGGGAGCACAUAUUUACGGGCAGUGUUUCAUCCCUUGCGUGGUUUAUGUCAAAUCAGGAAACUAGUUUUGUGACAAUUGGACAAAGAGUGUUGGCUAACCCUUUGAGAGUGCGGUUCCAUUACGGCCAUCCAGACGUAUUUGACAGACUGUUCCACCUGACAAGAGGGGGAGUGAGCAAGGCUUCUAAAAUCAUUAACUUAAGUGAGGAUAUAUUUGCAGGUUUUAAUUCUACAUUACGUGACGGAAAUGUCACUCAUCAUGAAUACAUACAAGUUGGUAAAGGAAGAGAUGUGGGUCUUAAUCAAAUCUCAAUGUUUGAAGCAAAGAUAGCUAAUGGGAACGGUGAGCAGACUAUGAGUAGGGACAUAUAUAGGCUGGGGCACCGCUUUGAUUUCUUCCGAAUGUUAUCAUGUUAUUACACCACCACUGGCUUCUAUUUCAGUACCUUGCUAACUGUCCUCACAGUUUAUAUAUUCCUUUAUGGCCGCCUCUAUCUUGUCCUCAGUGGACUUGAAGAAGCUCUGAACAGACAACGUGCUAUUCGAAACAACAAGCCUCUUCAAGUGGCCCUUGCUUCUCAAUCUGUGGUACAAAUUGGACUUCUGCUGGCUUUGCCUAUGAUUAUGGAAAUUGGUUUGGAGAAAGGCUUUCGUGAGGCAUUCAGUGAAUUUGUGUUAAUGCAACUCCAGUUAGCUCCUGUAUUUUUCACAUUUACUCUUGGAACAAAAACCCACUAUUAUGGAAGGACAUUGCUUCAUGGGGGUGCAGAGUACAGAGGCACAGGUCGUGGUUUUGUGGUAUUCCAUGCCAAGUUUGCUGAUAAUUACAGGCUUUAUUCGCGCAGCCAUUUUGUGAAAGGGAUUGAAUUGAUGAUUCUGCUUAUAGUCUACCAUAUAUUUGGUCAUUCAUAUGCAAAUGUGGUUGUCUAUGUUUUGAUUACCAUGUCAAUGUGGUUCAUGGUAGGAACAUGGCUUUUUGCUCCCUUCCUUUUCAAUCCAUCAGGCUUUGAGUGGCAAAAGAUCGUUGAUGACUGGACGGACUGGAAUAAAUGGAUUCUCAACCGUGGAGGUAUAGGUGUACCUCCUGCAAAAAGUUGGGAAUCCUGGUGGGAAAAAGAGCAAGAGCAUCUUCGCCACUCUGGAAAGCGUGGUCUUGCUGUUGAGAUAAUAAUGGCCCUUCGCUUUUUCUUAUACCAAUAUGGUCUCGUAUAUCAUCUCUCAUUCACUAAUACGAAUCAGAAUUUUCUGGUUUAUGGUAUUUCCUGGAUUGUAAUCUUUCUAAUAUUGGGUUUAAUGAAGGGCGUGUCAGUUGGAAGGAGACGCCUCAGUGCAGACUUCCAGCUUUUAUUUAGACUGAUUGAGGGUUUUAUUUUCAUCACAUUCCUUGCCAUUUUCAUCAUAUUAAUAGCACUUGCUCAUAUGACACUCAAGGACAUCAUAGUCUGCAUUCUCGCAGUCUUGCCUACUGGCUGGGGUUUGCUACUGAUUGCACAAGCUUUGAAGCCUCUCGUUGUGAAAGCUCAGUUAUGGGGAUCAAUUAGAGCACUUGCUCGCGGGUACGAGAUAAUAAUGGGAAUGCUUCUGUUCACUCCUGUGGCUUUCCUUGCAUGGUUUCCUUUUGUUUCAGAGUUCCAAACAAGAAUGCUCUUCAACCAAGCAUUUAGUAGAGGUUUACAGAUUUCUCGUAUUCUUGGUGGACACAGAAAGGAUCGCUCCUCCAACCACAAAGAGUGAAUACAACUACACACACACACACACACACCAUCCCUGCUGUUUAGUAAAUGUAAAUAUGAGCCAAGUGCUUAUAUCUACAGGUUUUAUUUGUAUAUAUAUAUAUAGCAUAAGAAUUGUGUAAUGAGUCAUGUUGAACUUGGUAGCUUCUGUUUUGUGUGUGUGGUGAGGUGAUGAAUUGAAGAUGCACAUAGUUUAAGCCUGGUGUAAUUAUUUUCAAGUGGAACUUGGUGCAGCAGAGCAGGGCUGCAAUCUCUGGUCUCUCUGCUAGCUUCUCUGUGAUAGCGUUGUUUAUAAAAAGGACUUCCAGUAAAA